AUGGAGAUCGAUCUGGUGUACCUUUUGUCAUUUUUGACGAUCCUGUACACCGUCUACUAUUACCUUACAAAGGAUAAUAAAUACUUCCACGAUAAGCCGAUACCUUCCAUGGCGGUGCAGCCUCUCUUCGGAAGCUCUGGUCGGUUGAUGACGAAAAAAACAUCUUUUCAUGAGUGGAUCAUCGAAAUCUAUAACAAGUAUCCGCUGGUGAAAGUGUUUGGAAUGCACGAUCUAACGAAACCGGUGUUCGUCGUUCGCGAUCCAGAGCUGAUCAAGCGAAUCGGCGUCAAGGAUUUUGAUUACUUUGUCAACCAUCGACCGAUUUUCGGCGAUUCCGAAGUCACCAACUCGCACUCGUUGUUCAAUAAAACACUGAUCGCCCUCAACGAUCAAAAGUGGCGUGAUAUGAGGGCCACCCUUAGUCCUGCUUUCACCGGAAGUAAGAUGCGGCAGAUGUUCGAACUGGUUGGUGAAUGUUGUGAGAAUAUGGUGAAGUUUUAUAAGGACGAAGUGCGCACUAAAGGUGGUUCACAGGAGCACGAAAUGAAAGAUGUGUUUACUCGGUUCGCGAAUGAUGUUAUCGCAACGUGUGCAUUUGGCAUAAAAGUGGACUCUCUGCGUAAUGCCGAUAAUGACUUUUACGAGAACGGUAGGAAAAUGAUGAUGUUCCAGAGGCCGAUUGUCAUGGUGAAAGUAUUUGGCUUCCGACUGGCACCGAAGUUGAUGGCAUGGUUGGGACUGGAUUUGUUUGAUCGUGAACAGAACAAGUAUUUUACCGAGAUUAUCAAGGAUACGGUGCGAACGCGAGAUGCUCAUGGAAUCGUCCGACACGACAUGGUGAAUCUGUUGAUGCAGGCCCGUAAGGGAGCAUUGAAAAAUCAAAAGGAUACCAAGGAGGAAGAGGAAGUCAAAGGAUUCGCAACUGUCGAAGAAUCUGAAGUGGGCCAAGUUCAAGUCGGCAAAGGAAUGGGUAUGUCAGAGGCGGAGAUGGUGGCCCAAUGUCUCAUCUUUUUCCUCGCCGGAUUCGAUACCAUUUCUACCUGUUUGACGUUCUUGGCGUACGAGUUGACAAUCAACCGGGAGGUACAAGAUAAGCUGUACGAGGAGAUACGUCAGACAAAGGCUUUGCUAGGAGGAGGUCCACUGACCUACGAUGCCGUCCAAAAGAUGCAAUACAUGGACAUGGUCAUAUCAGAAUCCUUGCGUAUGUGGUCACCGGCUCCUUCCACCGAUCGAUUGUGCGUCCGGGACUACGUGGUAGAUGAUGGGGAGAAUCUGAAAUUCACCAUCGACAAAGGCACGGCUGUGUUCUUUCCCAUCGCUGGCCUACACCACGAUCCGAAAUACUAUCCAAAUCCGUAUAAGUUUGAUCCGGAGCGUUUCAGUCCGGAAAAUCGAGACAAAAUUAAUCCCAGCACUUACCUUCCAUUCGGAAUCGGACCCAGAAAUUGUAUUGGAUCCCGCUUUGCCCUCAUGGAAGUUAAGGCUAUCAUCUACUACAUGCUGAUAGAGUUCACGUUCGAGAAAACAUCAAACACUCAGGUGCCACUCCAGUUGGGCAAAGGGUUUGCAGGAAUGCGCAGUGAGAAGGGAGUGCAUGUAGAACUGCGGCCACGAAAACAUUGAAGAAUUGUUUUCAAAAAUAAUAUUAAACAUGUCUAUAGUGAAUACUGCUGCAUACCGCCGUAUGCACCAA